AUGUCUACAAUAGCUGAACUUUUUGGCGAUGAAAUUUCAGAUAUUAAACAACGUGUUAAGUCUGAAGAAGAAAUAAAAAAAUACUCCACAAAUGAAGAUCUUGGAGAGGUGAAGAGAUCAAUAUACUUACUAAAAAAAGGCUAUUAAUCUUAGAAGAUUACCAGUUCAAUGGAGAUAUGGGAUGAAUAGAUGCAAAUGUAAUGUGCGACAAGUUUCUGCAAAGAGGAUGUAGUGAAACUUAUGAAUAACGGAAACUAAGUUAAACUCAUGGAAGAGUGCCUGAAUAUCCUACUCAAUGCUGAUAUAACACAUGAGGAUUUUGUGAAUUAAUGGAUCGAAGUAUUUAAAAAGCUAGUUUUAUACAUACCGAGUGAGAGCAUUAAGCAACUUGUUAUAAAAAGGAUAAUUGACUUGCCCUCUUUGAAACAGUAGUAUCCUUGGAGAAGAGUCGGCUUUGAAUUGUUCUGUGGCAUAAUCGAUGCGAAGGGAGAGGAGAUUCUUAAAUAAGACAACAAUAUCUUGAAAAUAUUUUCAAGUAUGUGCGUUGACACCAAUUGGAAAAUAAGAAAACAGGCUGCAUAAUUUCUAUUCUAAUAUCUAUAGCCACUACACCAAAUGAAGAAAAAAAGUCGACACUCAAACAAAGAAGAUGAUACUCCUAAGAAAAAAGAACAACUUUAGCAAAGCAUACUACCAGAAGUGGUGAAGGUCACAAAGACCCGUUUCAAAUCUCAUUUUCACGAUAUAGUUGUCGAACUUGCUCACGAUGAGGAAAUCUUAGUACAAAUGGAUGGUGUUGAAUUAAUGACUGAAUUCCUGUCUGUUUUUAAAAAGUAAACAAUUGAGAGUGACUACAUUCCAAAUGUUGACAAAGUUUUAAAGAAAGCUUUAGAUACUGUAACUGUAGAUGAGAUCAGACUUAGAGUGACGCAAUAUUCUGGUAAGAUACUAGACCAGUUGCAAAAAUGUCAAAUGGCUCAUAAGAACGAAGAAAUGAUGAUGGAUUUCUUUAAGUAAAUUAUUAGAGAUAAAAAUCCUGAAGUUAAGCUUAAAGGUGUUUAUAAUCUGCCAUGUUUUGUUAUGAAUUAUCUAAAUUAUAAAGAAGGAAAUUUCGAAGUAUUUGAAGAUAUAUAUGUUGAUUUGCUAAGAGAUGAAACAGUAAAUAAAAAUGAGAUUAAGAAAAUUCUCUCAGCUAGCAUACAUGAAACUAUGGCCUUGAUUCCCUACUCUUAAAGUCUUGGAAAUAUUGGUGAUUGUCUCAGAAAGCUUAUGAUUGAAUCAAAUAAAGAAAUUAGAGAAGUUUUUUCAUACAAUAUAGAUAAAAUCAUUCGGUAUUAUGUGAAGGAAUAAGAUUUUUAAGUCCACAUGUAAUUGGUGAAUAAGAGUUAAACAGCUAUUAGCAUGGGUCAAAGUGCAUUAUCUGGUGGAAAAGAGUAAGGCUAUAAAAAUUCAAAGGCAUUUCAAUUUUAGACUGAAGAUCUAUCCUAGAGCAAUAAUAGAAUAGGAACAGGAUAAAAAUAGAAUAGGAAAAAUGUUUUUAGAUGGGAGGAUGAUUCCCAAACAAUUUAAAAUAGUUCUAGUGAGAACAAAAAUUAAAUGGUGAGAUUGCAAGACUAUGUUGAUAUAGAAUAUGUCCCUGAAGAGAAUAUGAAGGAAUUUUAUUAUUCAAAACUCCUUGAUGAUAUUCUAGUUCUAACUAAAGCAAUUUUCAAUGAUAAGGGUUGCUGGAGAGUAUAAGAGCAAUUUAUUUAUAGUUUCGCUAAUUAACUGGGAAAUUUCAAUGCUGUUGAGAUUUUUGAAAACCUCGGAUCAUAAUUGAUAGAUCUAUUGAAAUAUGGCUGUGAUUAGAUUAAGAAUGCAGCUGCUCUCUUUGUUUGCCACAUGAUUAAUAAUCAAUACAAGUAAAAUAGAAGAAUCAAUCUUAUUGAGAUGGUGGUAAAUGAAUUUGGUAAAAGUGCAAGCUAUAUCUUUAGAAAAAGCUACAUUACAUUUUGCUCAAAUGCAGUAAAAGUAUUUUCAGUCAAGACUUUUAAGCAAUAUUUCAUGGAACCUUACUUAGCCCUUUGCACUGAUAAGAUAGUUGAGGUAAGGUAAAGAUUCCUUCAAUCAGCACCCAUGAUAAGGCCAUAUCUAGAACAUGACAUUGACUUGAUACUAUGA